AUGUUUCGUGUUGGUUCGAUUUGUCGUGCUGCCCUUGCGUCUCAUCGACCGGUGUUAUCUGCAUCUAUUUCAACCCGGGGUGUCGUGAAACGUAUUUUGGGCGAUCGAAGUAAUCGUGUUCCGAAUGUUAGUGCGAUGGAUUCUGUCAUAACAAAAACCAAGGGUCAAGGGUUGCCUGGAUUGGCAAGUCUUGUUGGAAGAGCUGCUUUUUUCGUAAAAUGCAAAAAUGCAGAGGCCGCAAUUGCUGAAAUCGAUAAGGUUUUACCUCAGAUACAAGACGAAGAUUUAAAGAGACUCGCUCUUGGAGUUCGUCUCCGAGCGAGGAAUGAUUUAUUGGAUUUGAAAGAAGCGGCUUUACGAGUGGAAGGAGGUUCAACAGAGUUAGAGGUUUCUACAAUUCGAAGCGCCUUGCGUGAGGAUUAUAAAGCAUUGAAAUCAGCUUCCCCUGGGUGCUGGUUAGUAGAGAUGGCAGUAGCUGAGUAUUGUCUCUACGAAGGGAAACUGGAAGAAGCCUACGAUGCCUUUCGUGAUGUAGAAGGUAAGAUAGGCAAAUUCAUUGAAUCUUUGAAGAAAACUACAUCCUUCUCUGAAGUGGCUUCUCUUGAGAACACUGAUCCAUCAUUACUACUGGCUUUUCACUUAAACCGUAUGCAUGAUACUGAGGGAGUAAAAGUUUCUGCUUCUAAGAUUGUGGAUGAAGCUAUAAAAAGUAUUAUGAAUGAUGAAUCAGUAAAAAUUUCUCUUGAAGCAUUUAAGAAGGAGCUUGGUAUGAAUCUUACAGAUGAAGAGGCUUAUGAAUUAGCCUAUAUUAUGGAGGCAGCAAAAAUUCGUCACCACUUUCAUGACUAUUUUCCUUUGGAUGGAGAAUAUAAUGAUUGGAAUUCUGAAAGUGCAAGCAAAGCUAAAGAGAAGAUUAUUCACGCAUAUGCACCUCAAUCUGCACUUCUUGAAGAUAAAAUCCUUGAAAAGGUAAAAAAUUCAGUACCUCCUCAACCGUUUUAUGCACCUGAGGAUCAGCUUCGUAAGUUUCUCUCGUCUACUACUGGUAGUAAAAAUUACCUUGCUGAACUCAAAGCUACAUUUGGUUCUGGUCCAGAGAGCGUUCUUGCGAAAAGUGAUGAGUCUUAUUUUGAUGCUAUGAAAACAUUGGAGAAUGCCCAGGUUUCUGCUAAUGUAGCUGGAAGCUCUUUAUAUCCUUUGGAACAAAGAGAAAUAUGCCAGAAAUUGGCUCGACAGUUGUUAUAUCGAACUCAGGUUAAUAUUGCUGUUGUAUUAACACAGCUAGAUCGCCUACAAGAAGCAAUACAGAUUUUGGAUAAGGUUAUCAAUGAAGAUGAAUAUAUUUACAUGUGGCGUGCAUACCUUGCAAGAGGAGAGGCCAACAAACGAUUAGGAGUCAUUAGUAAAGCUGACAAGGAUUUUCGUCAAUUGUCUAAGCUUAAGAAGAGUAUCUGUCAUAACGCCUAG